AUGGAGAAGCCAGUUGCUAAGAGUUUCACUUGGGUGAUUAAGAAUUUUAAUUAUCUGCAAUCCGAGCGUAUCUAUUCUGACGUAUUCGUGGUUGAUGGCUGCAACUGGCGCCUUCUGGCUUAUCCCAAUGGAAAGAGUUAUGAUGAACAUGGUUAUUUGUCUCUGUAUCUUGAGGUUGCUGAUCAUGAAUUAUUGCCUUGUGGAUGGAGAAGAAACGCAAAAUUUUCUUUUACUAUACCACAUUAUGUUACGCAUAACUCUUUCGUGCGAGGUGAGUCAAACCACCUGUUUGAUCUGAAUUCUGUCUCUUGGGGUUUCCCAACAAUGGCUCCUCAUACCAAACUUUAACCAUAUAGUGGGUGGGUGGUGAACGGAGACUUAAAGAUUGUGGCCGACGUUGAAGUUCUUGAAGUUAUUGGCAAAGCAGAGGUACGAGAGGAAACAAUAUCAUAUAUGGAUGUCAAGGGGUUUCAAGUUCUUUCUUCACAGGUAAAAUCUGUGAACCAUUUGUUUGAAAGACACCCAAACAUUGCAACAAAACUCAAUAUAAAUAACCAAUAUCUGAAGACUGGGUACAUGAAUGUCUUACUCAGCUUGACCGAGACUGUGCACCGGUCACCUAAAGAAAUCUCGAAGGAUGAUCUGGUCGAUGCAUAUGUUGCACUGGAAUCCAUGACUGCUAACAGAUUUAAGUUGGAUUGGUUGGAGAAGAAACUUGAUCAAGUGUCAGAAAAGAAGGAGAAAGAGGUAGCUGGUGAGACUCGGAUGCGAGAAAUUGAGGGAGAGUUGAAGGAUUUGAAGAGGAAGUGUUCAGACAUUGAAGCUCAGUUGGAAAAGGUGAAGAGGAAGUCUUCAGACCUCGAAGCUCAGUUUGAGAAGGAGAAGGCAGAGGUUUUGGCUGCCAUAACUCCACUCUCGUUAUCUGAUGACAAUGUCUUUGAUGAUUUUUUUUGA